UUGCAUGUGCAAUAUGUCAACUGUCCAGAUAAUAAAUAUAUUUAAUUUGUUUUUUCGGAACAACGAAAUGUUCAUCAUAGCAAUAGUGUUCUCACUUUUGGCGUGUACCAAAUCUCUAAGUGAAGGAGACAAAUGCUACAAAACGGAUGGCUCUCCUGGAGUUUGCAAGGCCAUAAACGACUGCCCAUACGCAGAAGAUGACUUCAGAAAAAAUCUUGAACCAAUGAAAUGCGGGUACAGUGAUUUUGAUCCAGUCAUUUGCUGUGGGGAAUCGCUUGCGGAUACCACACCUAAAAUUAGUGGGAGGCUUUGGGGAGGAAAAACAACCACAACGGAGCGACCUAAAGGGAAAGAGUUUUCGUCGGAAUGUGACAAAGCAGAGAGAAGAGGACAGAAAGCGUAUGAUAAAUGCCUUGAAUACCAAGAGAAAUAUGUGUACCCGUGCCGCCCUGGACCUACCACUGGUAACAUUAGAGUUGACGAGUGCACUCGGAAACCAGAACAGCUAAUCAUAGAAGGAGAAGACGCUUAUGAGGGGGAGUUUCCCCAUAUGGCUCUCCUGGGAUAUGGUAAUGAUAAUAUUAUAUUAGAUUGGAUUGCUGGAGGUAGCAUAAUCAGCGAACGAUAUGUGCUCACAGCAGGGCACUGCACGUACAGCGGAUUUCUGCGUAGUCCUGUUAAGAAAAUCCGAGUUGGUAUAUUAAAACGAAGUGAUCCCGUGGAUUCGUCUAAAGAAUACAAUGUGGUGGCAAUCCCGCACCCAGAUUACCACUCACCGAUACAAUAUAAUGAUAUAGCAUUACUACGGACUGAUAGAGAUAUAGAACUCAACAAGUACGUGGUGCCAGCGUGUCUUCACGACGGCGGCGCCUUAUUCAACAGCAUUGCGAUCAUUACCGGUUGGGGAGUGACGGCUUACUUAGAUAAGAGUCGCCCGGAUGUACUCAAAAAGGCAACAGUCGAGAGAUUUGAAACUAGCGAAUGUGAAAAGAAGUAUCCGAAGUACCGCCUAUUGCCAAAUGGAUAUAACUCAACAACUCAGAUGUGUUAUGGAAACCGAGUUUCCAACCAGGAUACUUGCAAGGGAGACAGCGGUGGACCCCUGCAAGUAGACCACCCAAAUAUCCGCUGUAUGUAUAUGGUCAUUGGGAUCACCGCCACGGGCAGUCUGUGCGGUAAAGCUGGUCUACCGAGCAUUUACACCCGGGUGGAAAAUUACGUGCCCUGGAUCGAGGAAAUUGUUUGGCCUUAAACAUUCAUUAUGUAUUAUACUGUUGCAAAAACAGGAACAUGUUAUCGAUGAUUUUGUAUACAAUUUCGAAAUAAAAAUUAAAAUCAA